AUUUUGACAGCAAGUUCCACCAAUGACGCUUACUCCCUAAUCACUCUCAUUGGGGGAUAUUACAGACUCAUGGUGAACCAGUACAAGCUGCUUCUACAUGGCGCUAAGAGCUUAAAUGCUACACUUCAUGGACCUAUCACGCGCGACAAAGCCACAAACCUGCUUCUGAGGGGAACAGUAGAAGGAGAAACCAAAGAUGGCUUUUUCCUGCUACGGAAGGGUAGAGAUGCCCAUGACACCUUCAUACUCUCCGUCUGUGUAGCAGAGAAAGUCAGGCAUUAUGUUAUCAAAUUCAGUGCUGACACUGGAAUGUAUUACCAUGAAAGUGACCCAAGCAAAGGAUUUUCAGAUUUAAUGGGACUUGUAGAACAUUACAGACUCUCUGCAGAUGGACUUCCUGUUUGUUUGAAGCAGAUGCUUCCACCAAAUUCCACAGGUUUUGCGGCAUUGCUUGACCGACAGAUUUUGACACCUGCUAUACCAGAAUUUCGUCUUCUUGAUUCUUCUUACCAACUACAAGGCUUGAACUUGGAUGAAGAAACAUAUUCUCUAUUGGGUGAAUUUGGUGAAGUAAGGAAGGGCUACUUGGACUGUGGUGACGAACAUGUCGCAGUGGUUUCAAGAGCACUGAUCAAACCUCGAGGAAAGAAUAAAAUAAUAAACUUCAAAGAGUUUAUGGCAAAGUUCACCGAGCUGAAAAACACAUACCUGACUAUGUUUUAUGGUAUAGAAGAAACUGAAAAAGCCUUGAUCUUUGUAUUUGAAUAUGCAGCAGAAGGUCCCCUUGAUCAAUAUGUUAAGAAUGAAAGCAAUAAAGAAGAAAAUGGAAUGACGAUAGCCAGGCUCAUUUCCUAUUUAAUGCAGAUUGCAGAGGGGAUGAUGUUCCUACACAGCAAGGAUUGUGUUCAUGGUAGAUUGUGUGCACACAAUGUAUUAGUGUUUGACUCAGAUUGUGUCAAGCUCAGUGAUUUCUACCUCAUACAACUUCACAAGAAUGGUCACAGCUUCUCUCAUGAGUCCCAAAGAGGACACAGUUACUGCUGGUGGUCACCUCAGGCUCUGCUAAACAACGAAUUCAGCAAGGAAAGUGACAUCUGGUCAUUUGGAGUCACAGUCUGGGAAUUGUUUGCAAUGAAGAGGCCUUAUCAUUCUUCUUUCACUGGGGACAUUGUGUUGUCUCUUGAAGAGGUGAGGAUUCGAUAUAUGGAAGGACGUUAUCUCAAUCCAAGCAGACCAAACUGUCCAUCAAGUGUGGCAAGUCUAAUUAAAAGAUGCUUUGCUCCCAAACCAGAGGACAGAUUGUCUUUCAGGGAUUUGGUGACAGAGCUUCGCUCACCAGAAUUAAUGUCUGAUGAUGAAGCUUCUGAGAUCCUCCUUCACCCUGAUCACAUGGAGGUGGAAGAUUGGGAGGUUCUGCCAUCUUCUGAGAAUGCGCUGGAAUUACUGACCAUGCAGACAGACUCUCAGGUCUCCAAUGUGGACUAUGCUUGCCUUCCUUGCACUGAAGGUGGUGAAAUGUCACUCAAUGAUGACUACAGCACCACUGCUGGUAUUUCACUAAUUAACAGCUUGUCCCUCUUUGACAAUGCAAGUUCAAGGAAGAGGAGUCUCUCAAAGACCUUUUCCUUUCCUAGUUUGACAACUGAAAAUGAGUAUGAAAGUUCUUCAUCCAGGGUGCAAGGGAAUCUAGAUGUUAUGAGACAACGAAGCAGCACUGGAGUUAGUUCUUGUCCUCCAUCUCUCCAGACUAGCAAUGAAGGAUCGCUGGAAAGAAUUGGACAACAGAUGGAACCCACUGAGACACAAGAAGACAUAAGAUAUGUUUCAGAUCCCUUGGCUGCAUUGCCACAAACAAACCAACAGACAGUUCUUGUGUUCAGGAAUAAUAAUAUAGAAGACCCUACUGAAUCACAGUCAGAAGAGACAACUAGUAGUGAUAAUUACAGUAAUGAUGACGAAAUGGCUGGAGCUGAGGCUGAGGCAAUGCAGUCCUUAGGGAAACACUUCUUUGGACUAGACCUUGAUGAGCACCUCUGUUCAUCAGUAGUGGAUACAGAAUUUGGAAUGUUGUCUGUCAUUCCUGAUGCUGAUGUUGAUCAAGGUGAUGAAGAAGAUGUUGAGCAGUUAUCCACAGUUGGUUCAUCUACAUCCACCAGUCUUGAAACUGCUGCAAAUGAUGGCUCAGUUACUAAGGUUGUCCAGCCUACAUAUCAUACAGAAGAGCAACAUGGGAAAUAUAGAGCUGGGUCAUAUGUUACUCUUGCUAAUGGAACAAGUGGAUCACCACCACCACAAGAUAAACUCAAAGGUUCAGCCACAAUGCAACUUGCAUCAACAGGCCACGUAGAAAAUGAAGUUGGUUUUUCUCCUGUUCAAGCCACAUUUCUCCCAUCUCCUAUUAGUAACAUAACAGCAACAAGUGAAAUGACCCAGACUACCAAACAUCAAAAUGUAAUGGAGAUUGAUGAUUCUCCGUAUCAGAGCCACCUGACAAUAAGACAGAAUCAACAGCAGAAGUUUCCAAAUGAACUCUUGUCACAAUUGUCUAGCAGCGAUGGUCUUCCAGAAGGAAGCGAAUGUUCUGAUGAUAGAGGUAGUGGACUUAUCACAACUCCUUGUAUAUCAGCAGAUGCAUUUUUAGCCUCCUUUACUAGAAAUGUUCAAAACGAGACUGGAUCAUUUGCUGAUGAGCUGUUGUCAGAAACUGAUGAUUGCUCACUUGAGGAAGGGUCCUCCCCCCUAAUUACUGACCUACAAGAGGAAAGUGACAUCAACAGUGCAGAUUUUUCUGCAGAACGGAGCCUGGGUAAAUUUUAUCCAAAACACACUGUAGGAUUAAAUAAAGAUAGCAUAUUGUAUCAGUCAUGUGAAGACAAGGACCUUUCCCCUCCAGAUUCCCAGUUCUGUGCUGGUACAGAACCUGAAGAUUUUAAAAGCUCUUUGUGUGUGAUUGCUAACACUCAAGAAGAGAAAGAAAACAAGCAAGAAGAGAGAACUAGGACUCUAACAAAGAGAGGGUUUAGUGGGUGUGGUCCAGAUCUCGUAACGUCUGCUAAUUCAUUGGCCUCAGCAACUAAGUCAGCAUGCUUUCUUCUGCCAGAGAUGAUGGAAACACAAUUUAAGGAAGAAAGUGGGGGGGAAGAUGAAGACAGUGAAGAUGAAGACAUUGAAGAUACUUUGUCACAUCCAUGUCCAUUUGACAACCCUCUCUUGGUGUUUGACCAGGCACAAGAACAUCUGGAACUGAAGGAAUUUGCAUUGAACAAUCUUUCUAAAGAACAGGAUAAAACAUCUGAGUUCCUUGAUUUCAAGGAAGACCACUUUGUGGGCCAGAUUGAUGAAGCAGGGAUGGAAGACACUUGUUCACUUAAUGAUAAUCGGGAAGCAGAAGGUGGUUUUGAAGAAAGUGUUUCAGAAAAUCAUGAUUACAAGAAAGAGAGUGACCUCAAAGGAGGAAUCCCAAGACAUCAUGAUGGGAGUAUAGAAGAACAUCUAAGAAGACCUGUAAAUCCAAGUUACAAAGUUCUUGCAGAAGAGUUGCCGGAGCCAUUGGAUUCAUUCAGCCACUCUUCAUCAUCUGAUGGAAUCUGGCCCUCCUGCAGUAACAAGGGACCUAGAAGAUCAAUAAUUGGCUCAACUUCAUCCUGUGCAGAGGAACUACCAACUUUGGAUACAAACAAGAUUCCCUCUGAGCUUUUAAUUCCAUAUGAAGACUUGGUUUGGCAUGAACCUCUUGGUCGGGGUCAGUUUGGUGAAGUAAGGAAGGCAAGCAUUGUAUCCUCAAAUCAGAUGGGAACUCCCAAGAGGGAUGAAGUUGCAGUCAAGGUGUUGAAAGACAAGGCAUCAGCUAAGGACUCUAAUGACUUCAUCAAAGAAGUGGAGACAAUGAUUCUGUUAGCAUCAAAACAGGAUUGUAAAUACAUUAUCAAACUUCGUGGAGUCUCCAAAGACAAGAAAGACAAACUUAUGCUGGUGACAGAACUUGCUCCAUUGGGAGCUUUGGUGGACUACCUACCCAGAAACAAGGACAUUCUUCGAACACCCAUGCUCCUUGAAUUCUGUGCACAAAUUUGCCAAGGAAUGAGAUACUUGGAAUCUCAAAAACUACUUCAUAGAGACCUUGCUGCAAGAAAUAUCCUGGUUAUGCGGGAGGACCUUGUGAAGAUCAGCGAUUUUGGACUCUCCAGGCUAGAGGAAUACUACAAACUUCAAGAAUCCCAUAAAGUGCCCAUCAAGUGGUAUGCACUGGAAAGUUUGAUUGAAAAACGUUUUACCACUAAAAGUGAUGUCUGGAGUUUUGGAGUAACUAUGUGGGAAAUUUUCUCCUUCGGGGACAAACCAUACAAGGACGUUGAAAACCGCAGGCUCCCUGAAUUUCUAGAAAGUGGAAAUCGACUACCAUGUCCACCUAAGUGCUCACAGAAGGUCUAUGAAGUCAUGCGCAAUUGCUGGAUAAAAGAUACAAGUAAAAGACCAAGCUUUUUUCUCCUGGAAACAACAUAUUUGGAAAAAUUACAAGAGGAGUAUCCUCUCGAUGGUGAAGUUUGACAUUAGAGGGCAGAGAUCUUGGGUCCCUUCCUUCUCAAUCAACACUUGGUCUAUUGAAAUAGGAGAAAUACCAGAUGUAUGGUUAACUUCCAUUCAAUUCACACCACAAGGCUGGUUUUGAGAACAUUGUGUGUUUAUGAGACCAUGACACCAUACUCUGUUGAAACCUUUACUUGCACGUGGGAGUAUGUUACUUAUUUGUCAAGGCAACUCAUUACUUAAACACCAAGGUCACAGUUGUUUGGGUGGCUAACUAUAAUGCCAUGUGCUGAAUAUAUAUCUUAUUAGACGUUUUGUUGUGUACUACUGCUGAGUAUUUUUACUAGUUGUGCCGUAUUUUGAUGAGCCCGUAGGGCGGGUCAAAAUACAAAUAACGA